UCAUUUAGUAGUACGUUAACAGGUGCGUUGAUUCCGGAGCAAGAGGCCUGCAUGCAUUCAGUCUGAAUAAUGCCUCUUCUCCCUUCUCAAGAACCGACCUGUUCUACCACUUUGAAAUAGGCUAUAGACCAACUACACCCUGAUGACAAGGAACUGUCAGCUGAUCUUCACACAAUGUUUACUUCUGUUGAUUCAUGUUAUCACACAGCAGGCUAAGCGCACACACUCAUUGCUACAGUACUAUAGGCUAUGUUGUUGCUCUCCAUCUUCUAGACUUCAGCUCCUUGUUGUGUAAGGGAACCUUUUCAGUUGACGGAAGGAAGGAUGAAGGCGGACCAGGAAGCUCCUCCCCCCUCCCCCGGAUUGGAGGAUUUGGCGAUCCGGUGUCGGGAAGUGUGUCGGUCGUACGGGAAACUCAAAGUCCUGAGUAACCUCAACUUGACCGUACCACAGGGACACAUCUACGGCCUGCUGGGUCCGAGUGGAUGUGGGAAGACCACGCUGUUGAAAUGCAUUCUGGGAACCCUGAAGAUCUCCCGAGGGCACAUCAGCGUGUUGGGGAAGCCGCCCGCAUUUCCUGGUCACCAGGUCCCUGGGAGGAUGGUGGGGUACAUGCCACAGGACCUGGCGUUGUACAAUGAGUUUACCAUCAGUGACACCCUGACGUUCUUCGGAAGGAUCCACGGCCUGUCAUCUACGGACACCCAGGCACGCAUGGACUUCCUGGUGGACUUCCUGGACCUACCUCACAACAGCAGCCUGGUUGGAAAACUCAGCGGAGGGCAGAAACGGAGGGUGUCUCUAGGAGCAGCCUUACUUCAAAACCCCCAGUUAUUGAUUCUGGAUGAACCCACAGUCGGGGUGGACCCUGUGCUGAGAGCCAAGAUCUGGCAGCAUCUAGUAGAGAUUGUGAAAACUGGAAAAGUAUCAGUCGUCAUCACCACACACUACAUAGAGGAGGCCAGGCAAGCCAACGUGGUGGGUCUGAUGAGGAAUGGCCGAAUGUUGGCAGAGGGGGAACCAGAAACCUUGAUGAAACAGAACAGUGCUGCGACCCUGGAGAAAGCCUUCCUGCAGCUGUGUGAGACCUCAGACCAGGUGGGCUCCAAACACAGCAACUACCCUCAGGGUGGGGUACUAGAGAGCGGCCAAUCACUCGAAAGCGGCCGGGAAGAGAUUCAACCAAUCCUGGGAGUCGGGCCGGGACCAGUUGAAGAGCUGCCCAAAUACUCAGCGGACUGGAAGGUACGAGUCAGGCAUGUGAUGCCAAAGUGGAGGAACAUCGCAGCUCUGAUUAUCAAGACCACGGUGCGGAUGAAGAGAAUGCCAGGGUCCCUGUUUUUCCAGUUCCUUCUACCAGUCAUGCAGAUCUCUCUGAUGUGUCUGUGUAUCGGAGGAGACCCCAAAGGAAUACAGGUGGCUGUGGUCAACAAUGAGACCUCCUCCAGUUCCUUCAGCCAAUCCCUGCUCUCCUUCCUGGACAACUCCAGCGUGCAACAGGUGAACCUGUCCCAUGCUGAGGCUUUUGCAGGGGCCUAUAACGGAGAGUACUGGGCCGUCAUCGGGUUUGGAAAGAAUUUUACCAGCUACCUGACCAAGAGGAUGAUCCAGAGGCAGGUCUCUAAGGAGGUGGUGGAUGGAGGGUCGGUGCACGUCUGGUUGGACCUGACCAAUCGACAAAUCGCCUUAAUGCUUCAGAAAAAAAUUAAAGAUGCCUUUGAGGGUUUUAUCCAGUAUAAGAUGAGUAGCAGGUCUUACCUGCUCUCUCUUCCUGUCAAGUUUGAGGAGCCCAUCUAUGGCAGCAUGAACUCAGACUUCACCACGUUUGUGACGCCAGGAGCCGUUCUGAGCAUCACUUUCUAUCUCGCAGUGGGCUUGACGGCCCUCUCCUUCGUGAUAGAGAGGAAGGAAGGGCUAAUGGAAAGGUGCUGGGUCUCAGGUGUGAGUUCAAUGGAGACCGUGCUGGCGUAUCUCAUCUCCCAGCUGAUUAUCAUCAGUGUCCAGAUAAUUCUACUACUGAUCUUAAUGCUGCUUGUCUUUAAGAUCCCUAAUGAGGGGAGCCUGGUGUUGGUUAUAGCUCUGAUCGUGCUGCAGGGCAUAACAGGCACUUCCUUUGGUCUGGUCAUCUCAUCCGCCAUCGAUGACGAACAGAACGCCACCCAAGCUGCCCUUGGUAUCUUCUACCCCAACCUCAUCGUUAGUGGUAUAAUCUGGCCUGUGGAAUGUAUCCCCUAUCCACUACGUUACAUCAGUCUGGCCCUGCCCCAGACAUACGCUUCUGAAGCCCUACGAUGCAUCAUGUACAGAGGCUGGGGUCUCUCCAGGAUGAUAGUGUGGCGAGGCUUUGUUGUCACCCUGGGCUGGAACACUUUCUUCGUCAUCCUGGCCAUCGUCAUCCUCAAGUUGAGGAUGUGAAACUCCAACCCAGGGAAGAUGUGUGCCUAUGUAGUGUAUGUGAAUGUGUGAGGGUUUUGUGUGGGACUGUCAACGUGGGGUGUGUAAGUGAGUGUGUAUAUGGUGUGUGUAUAUAGUCUAGGGAGUGUGUGUGUAGGGUCAGUGCAGAUAGGGUAACUUUCCCCCUCAGUCACGUUAGUUUGGCUACUCAACCUAUCUAUGUGUCACUCACAAACCAAUCAAAAUGCCUGAAAUGUGCGUCUGGACACUGCACCCGCCCACUCAGGUGUUACGAGUAUAAUCACCGUCAGAAGAGUGAUCAUCGUCUGAGGACUGUUAUUAUGGACGAUAACAUGAAUGGGUGUCAUAUGUUUACAGCAGGAUUCUACUGUCCUGCCGUUAUAAGUCUGUAAUGUUCGUGUGUUUUCCCGAUACAGCUUUGCAUAUUAUUGAUAGUUAAUUGCCAUUAUUGCAUUGGUUGCACAGGUGUUUUUAUGGAGGAGAUUUGUUGUACUGGUAACACAAGGCGGGAAUUGUUAAAAGUUAAGAAGGGUCUUUUUUGUCAAAGCAGCUGUUGGGGUCAGAGUUAUGCGAAGCCUCAUUAGACUGACUUUCAAACGCACAACUAGGUUGCCUGGCAACUCAAACUGAAUCAUUCCGCUGCUCGAUGUUCGCUACAUACUUCGUUGCGGAGAAGGAACUAACGUCCGUGGGCAUGGCGUCCGUGGGCAUGGCGUCCGUGGGCAUGGAGUCCGUGGGCAUGGCGUCCGUGGGCAUGGCGUCCGUGGGCAUGGAGUCCGUGGGCAUGGC